UGAUAGCAACACGUCCAGCAUCAGUAGGUGAGCUAGCGACGAGAAGUGUUCAGUUCGAUACCGAACGCCAAAGCGUUCGGAUCGUUUCUCAUGAAUUAUGCUGCUGCAGCGGGUUCUUACGAUUUUUAUCUCGUAAUUUUUUCACUAUAUUUCGCUUCUAUUCAUUCGCUAACAUAUUAACAUCAUUUUUAUAUCAAUUUACCAACCCCCUGGAACGAUCAACUUUGAUUGAUUUUGACAAAUUGAUCCAAGUUCAAAUUUAUCACCCACAUUUGUUGUUUUUAUUUCAUUUUAGUGUCAAUAUCGUGUGUAACAUACCAUACAAAUUGAUCUUACGAUCACAAAGAUUGUGAGGGAGGAGGACACUUGACUGUAUUUUCUAAAUUAAUUGUGUAAAAUUAUUACUUCACCCUCUCUGAAUACGUGGGAUACACAUUAGCAGAUAACCAGAAUGCAUCGUUCGCAUUCUCUAACAUCGAUGUGGAUCAACACGUUAAACCAAAUAAAAUUGAUAGAAAAUUUCUUGAACAAGAAGAACAAUCGAGAAUUAUUGGAUCUUUCGUGAAAUUAGAUAAACAAUUAUUCAUGAUACCAAUUCGAAAAGCAAUAUACGAAAGGCAAGAAAGAAGAAACGUUUGAUUGACUUUACCACGAGGUUUGGGGGUCUCGCGAGAUAGAAUCAAAUUCAUUGCCGAGAUAGAAGUGAACUUUUAGGGUGGUACAAGGGGGGGUAGAAAAAUAAAAAAGAAAAAGAAGAAGAACGAAACGAGAAACGAAACGAAAGGAUAACGAACCAAUGCGAUGAGUAACGAUAAAUGAAAUUGAAAUUUAAUCGAAAUUUCGGUGAGAAGGAAGCUGCUAUGCUGUCGUGCACCACGUGAUCUGGGCCUAGAGGAGGUUCCUUUGCUAUAUUGCCUGAGCGUUGAAUGGAUAAACCAAAACCACCACUAAAAUCCGUCAAUGGAUUUAGGAUGUGUCCUCUUCUAUCUUACUCGGAAAUAUUCCAGAUAUUAUUACGAUGCUUUAUGAGCGUCGCUGAUAUAUAACAGGCAGUAGAGAUAACAACGGUGGCAACGGUAUUAACGGCAGUAGGGGCAGGAGCCCAUGGCUGGAAGUUAUCUAUACCAGUGGUGGUGGAUCCCAAUCGUGAUCCUAUCUAGAUGCUGUCUACUUCUAACUACCGAUAUCAACUUACCUUACUUAUCGCAAUAUACGGAAGAAGAAUAUUCGGAAUUCAAUCCAAAUGAAGACGAGAUAGUUGUAUUCCUUAAUGAACAAUGCAACGAGGAGGUCAAUCUAACCGAUAUUCAAAAUCAGUUACAACAGUAUUGGAGCGUGAACCUUUCCAUCAGUAUAUUACCAAGAUCUCUGACCUGUGAAACGCGGUCCUGGGGUUUCGGCGCACUGGUGUAUUCUAUCAGCCAACCUACAACGAAGGCUUUGAUAGCAGCCCUUGAUAGCACGAGUUGCGAGUUCGUUUCAAAAUUGGCCCAUACUUGGAACAAGCCUCUAUUCACGUGGACUUGUCCUUUGAAAAAUUUGGAAGAUAGAAAAUUAUCUAGCAUAGUUAGACUUUCACCUGCUUUACCGUCCCUUGCUCAGGCACUUGCAGAAAUGUUUCUUCAUUUACAAUGGAAUUCAACGGCAAUCAUUGGCACCGACAAGGAACCAUGGUCAAGUUUAGACAGGGUCGUGGUAGAUGCACUUCGAACUAUCGGCAUCGUGCCACGUUAUCACGCGAUAUUACCGCAACGUGCUACCUGGAGUCAAGUUCGAAGAACAUUGAAAUCUCUGCAUUAUAUAUCUCGCAGAGCUACAGUGCUUUGCUUACCACUGAACGACGAUUCGACGAAUCGUAUUUUGACAGAGCUGGAUGUAUCACGGGAUUCGAGCAUGUUGACUUCAAUGAUUCUGAUGAUCAACACGGAAGAUAAUGAUAUGUUUCUUCCGCAGAUUGUGCCUACGGCAUCGCCAAUUGAGACGCCAAUUUCACUUUCGUUAACAACUACUCAGUCUUCCAACUUUUCUCCUUCAGACAUUCCACGUAUUUAUACCAUCGUAAAUCAAAGAACGACAUAUGAGAGUGCAAAGAUUAAUCCAUCACAAGAACGAUACGUACCAUCAAAAAAUCUUAGUGGUACUACGUUAGACAAUCUGCUUAUAUUAAUGCCACUCGAUCAAAGAUAUGAUAUUCAAGAAAUGUUAAAUGGUACUGAAUUUUACACGCGACCGACAUUAAUCGAACGUUUAAAUGAAUCACUCAGCAUUAUGAUGUACGACAAUGGUACUAUCAAUUCUUACAACAAUAAAAUGUAUACUUACAUCGUAAUGGAUUGGCAUGUUGAUAAAUGGGAACCUAUCAUGAUGAUCUCAGAAGAGAAGGAAAGAUUUACUGUUAAAAGAUUAACUACCAAUGCUCCUGCAUUUUUCACUGUAGAAACUAUCGAUUUUAUUCCAUGCGAUGCCGAUAACGAUUGCACAGUUGGUGGUCUAAUGGAGGUAUCCGUCCAUGCUACACAUAUCGUAGCUCUCAUUUUGGGAUCCUUGCUAUUGGCUUUUCUUCUUGUUUCCCUAGCAAUAUUUAUCCGAAAACAAUUACUGAAAAAUAGAAUAUCAGAAGGACCCUAUAAAAUUAUUCUAACGGCAUCGGAUUUCGUCUUCCCACAGACUAAUCAUACGGAUUCAAAAACUGUCGAUAAGGGAGUCGAAACAAUGCUAUGCUGCUGGUUGCAGCCGUUACAAGAAUUUGGUGGGCCAAAAGUUGAGAAACCUGAUUUACUUCAAGUAGGCACUGUUGGUUCCCACAGGCCCUAUCUUCAAACAAGUACCGGAAAUUUAGCGAGACAAACUUUCUUCAAGGUCCGACGUGCUAUGUAUAAUGGUGAUUUGGUUCAACUGAAGGAAUUAACCUGUCAAAGUACAUUCGAAUUGAAGAAUAAAACGAUGGGCGUUUUAGUUACGAUCCAUGGCCUACGACACGAAAAUCUUAAUCCCCUUAUUGGAUGCUUGAAUGAACCUUCUAGACCAUGUCUUGUAUCGGAAUAUUGUUCAAGAGGUUCACUGGAAGAUGUAUUGGUCCAAGAUGAGAUCAAACUCGAUUGGUCAUUCAGAUUGUCUUUGCUUACGGAUUUAGUACGAGGUAUGAGAUAUCUUCAUGGUACACCGAUUAGGGUUCACGGUUACCUUACAUCACGGAACUGCGUAAUCGAUGCACGUUGGGUUCUUAAGAUUACUGAUUAUGGCCUUCCAGCAUUUUACGAAGCUCAAAAUAUGUCACCACCUUCAAAAUUAUCUCGUGAUCUUUUGUGGACAGCACCAGAAUUACUUAGGGAUGUGAAUCUUCGAAAAAAGGGUACCCAACCAGGGGAUGUUUAUAGUUUUGGUAUCAUCAUGCAAGAGGUCAUUGUACGCGGAGAACCAUUUUGUAUGUUAGCUUUAUCACCAGAAGAUAUAAUAGAAAAAGUGAUGAAACCACCACCAUUGAUUAGGCCAUCAGUUAGUAAAGGUGCAGCACCACCUGAAGCUAUCAACAUAAUGCGCCAAUGUUGGGCCGAAUCUCCGGAUAUGAGGCCUGAUUUUAAUUGUGUCCAUGAUUUAUUCAAAAAACUAAAUUACGGCAGGAAAGUUAAUUUCAUCGAUACUAUGUUCCAAUUGUUAGAAAAGUAUUCAAAUAAUUUGGAAGAAUUGAUACGCGAACGUACAGAACAACUCGACAUGGAGAAAAAAAAAACGGAACAAUUAUUAAAUCGAAUGUUACCAAAUUCGGUAGCGGAAAAAUUGAAAUUGGGUAUUCCCGUUGAUCCUGAAGAAUUUCGUGAAGUUACCAUUUACUUUUCGGACAUUGUAGGUUUUACAACCAUUUCCGCUCAUUCGACACCAUUUCAAGUAGUAGAUUUACUCAACGAUCUGUACACCUGUUUUGAUGCAACCAUCAAUGCAUAUGCUGUUUAUAAAGUGGAAACCAUAGGAGAUGCUUAUAUGGUAGUUGGAGGAUGUCCAGUUAGAAUUCCUGAUCAUGCUACUCAAGUGGCCACCAUGGCGCUUGAUUUGUUACAUCAAAGUGGAAGGUUUAAAAUAAGACAUUUACCACAAAUGCAAUUAAAACUAAGAAUUGGUCUUCAUACCGGCCCUUGUUGCGCUGGAGUUGUCGGUUUAACGAUGCCACGUUAUUGUUUAUUCGGUGACACUGUAAAUACUGCAUCUAGAAUGGAAUCAACUGGUGCACCAUGGCGUAUACACAUUAGUAAAGCAACAAAAGAUCGAUUAACUCAAGCCGGUGGAUAUAAUAUUGAAUAUCGUGGUACUACAGAAGUUAAAGGGAAAGGAAAAAUGCAAACUUAUUGGCUAUUGGGAAAAGAAGGGUUUGAUAAGAAACUGCCAACACCUCCACCUUUCGGAGAGGAUCAUGGAUUGGAUGAGAGCCUGGUAGUGAAGAGCACAUUGAAAGAUGGACAAGCGGAAUCAACAACUGCACGGCGUACGAUAUUAUCUAAUAUUAAAAAUUAUAGCGUUCACGAUGAAGAAGAUGAUGAAGAUAGUAUCAAUGAAAAAGGAAAAGAUGAUAGUAGUGCAAAAAUCAUCAUUGAAGGAAAUUCUUCGAACGCUUCUUCAUUUGAAACAUCAGAAACGAAAAAAGUUAAUGUAUCUGUGCAUGGUGAUAAAACACUUGAAACGAGUAAUUCAUUAAAAUCAACGGAAGAUCUAUUUGAAUUAUUAAAAAAUGAACGUAUAAAUCAAAAACCGACUGAAAUUAGCAAUCUAAGUAUUAAGAAAAGUACAUCAAGUGAUACACAAAUUUCAAGUAAUAUACUAGCAGUAUCUGAUACAGAAACAACUGCUACGAUGUUAGGUGCAUCAACUACAUCUUUGACCUCGAUUGCUAGUUCUGUUGCUUUAUCUUUUAGAUCAGCUGCAGCAAGUAAACAUCGAAGGUUCAUUGGUGGUAUUGAUGAAAACGAUCUCAGUACACCAUAUAAUCGUUACAGAUGUCUUUCUCCUAAUGAACAUAACAGAAGUUCUAGUGGUCGGUUUCUGAAAAGGCAAUUUAGUUUAGAUAGAGGAGAUGAGCCUGUAUCAAUAGCAAUUCAAGAAUCAACAAAUCAGAGAACAGUUCAACGACUUUUUAAACAAAAUAGUGCAGGAGCAGCUAAUGAUUUAGAAAGAAUCGAGGAAGUACCAUCUACUCCUGGACAUAUUUCACAAAGAUUUCGUCACACAACUUCGGUCACGCUCUCCGCUGAAUCUUUAACGACGCAUUAAAAAUCAAAUUAUUCAAGUUGAAGAAAAUGGUCAAUAUUUAAAGUCAUCAUUGUUAUCUGUCAUAAUAAUCAGAAUUAG